CAGGGCAGGAAUGCGGGCGGGCGGGCGGCCGCGGCGGAACAUGUAAGGGCACAUCCCGAGUGCUGCCGCCAGCGCGCACAGCGAGCCUCCCGGACGGCAAGGGAACAGCGGGCAGCGGGCAGGGCGCAGGGGGCACGGCGCGGGGACCGGGGCGCAGAGGGCGCCUGCACCGGGCGCUGCGAGCCGGGAGGCCCCGCCGCCUCCUGCGCUGCGGGAGCUGGGCGCCCAUGUCGGCGGCCGCCGCGGUGCUCAAGGAGGGGGUGCUGGAGAAGCGCAGCGGGGGACUGCUGCAGCUGUGGAAGCGCAAACGCUGCGUGCUCACGGAGCGCGGGCUGCAGCUCUUCGAGGCCAAGGGCGCGGGCGGGCGGCCCAAGGAGCUGAGCUUCGCGCGCAUCAAGGCGGUGGAGUGCGUGGAGAGCACCGGUCGCCACAUCUACUUCACGCUGGUGACCGAGGGCGGCGACGAGAUCGACUUCCGCUGCCCCCUCGAGGACCCGGGCUGGAACGCGCAGAUCACCCUGGGCCUCGUCAAGUUCAAGAACCAACAGGCCAUCCAGACCGUGCGGGCGCGCCAGAGCCUGGGGGCCGGCACCCUAGUGUCCUAGGCCGCGGGGUCGCACUGGAGGCAUGGCAGCUUCCUGAUCCCUUUUGGUUCCUGGAGGCCUGAUGGCUCCACUCGGUGAGGCAGAAGCCGUGGACACAUGGAGGGGACAUUGGAGCUGGAGGGGCUGAGGAUGAAGCUUCAGCCCGGGACUCUGGGACACUCUCUCAGGAUGGACGCAGCUCCAGCCCUCAUGGCCCCAGGCCGGGCCUCAUACACCGGGAGGUCCUGGUGGUUCACUAAUGCUGUUUGUUAGUCACUGGCAUGGUGCCCCUUCUGGAGGAGGGUAACCCUCCGUGGGGUUCCACCCUGGCACCUCAAGACUCAGGAACCCAGACUGGUACCCAGAGGAGGGAAGGUCCAGGGGUGGCCUCUGGACUCGCUGUGGUGGGGGAGCUGAUGGGUCUGAGGUUUACCCUUGGGGGUUCUCUGCUGCUUAGGUCCUCUGGGACCCCUGGCCCUGCAGGCCAUGUCUUUGCACACUCUCUCUCCCACCUCCCGCCCAGCCUGCCUCCCCCACAGUGCCUGGAGGCCCAGGGCUGGAGGUUUGGCCAUUACCAUUUCACGCCUGUCCCAAAAUGAAGUCACCCUGUCUGGGGCAGUGAC